GCCCGGCGCAGCGCGAUGCGUCACGGCGUGCGGCGCGCGGUGUGGCCGGCGUGGGUGCGCGCGGCGGGGAGCGGGGUCCGGCCGCCGCCGCCCCGCGGGGACAUGGCCGAGCCGGGACCCGGCACCGGCCCCGGCCGAGCCCGGGAGGAGGAGCCGGGCCCCGCCGGCAAGGAGGAGGAGGCGGCGGCGCCCGCCCCUAAGAAGCGGCGGCUGGCGGGCGGCGAGCGGUACGUGCCGCCGCCGCGGAAGCUGAACCCCGGCGUGAGCUUCGGCGCCGAGCACUUCGCCGAGACCUCGUACUACUUCGAGGGCGGCCUGCGCAAGGUGCGCCCCUACUACUUCGACUUCCGCACCUACUGCAAGGGGCGCUGGGUGGGCCGCAGCCUCCUGCACGUCUUCAGCACCGAGUUCCGAGCGCAGCCCCUCGCCUAUUACCGCGCCGCCGCCCGCGCCGGCCGCCUGCGCCUCAACGAGGAGCCCGUGCGCGACCUGGACAUCGUGCUCAAGAACAACGACUUUCUCAGGAACACGGUGCACCGGCACGAGCCGCCGGUCACCGCCCAGCCCAUCCGCAUCCUGGCCGAGGACGAGGAGGUGGUGGUGGUGGACAAGCCCUCGUCCCUGCCCGUCCACCCCUGCGGCAGGUUCCGGCACAACACGGUCAUCUUCAUCCUGGGCAAGGAGCACGGCCUGCGGGAGCUGCACACCCUGCACCGCCUGGACCGCAUGACCUCGGGCGUGCUCAUGUUCGCCAAGACCGCGGCCGUGUCCAAGCGCAUCGACGAGCAGGUCCGGCAGAGGCAGCUGGAGAAGGAGUACGUCUGCCGGGUGGUGGGCGAGUUCCCGGAGCACGAGGUGCUCUGUGAGGAGCCCAUCCUGGUGGUUUCCUACAAGGUGGGCGUGUGCCGCGUGGAUCCCAAGGGGAAGCCCUGCCAAACGCUCUUCCGGAGGCUCAGCUACAACGGCAGCAGCAGCGUGGUGAGGUGCCUUCCGCGCACGGGCCGCACGCACCAGAUCCGCGUCCACCUGCAGUUCCUGGGCCACCCCAUUGUCAACGACCCCAUCUACAACAUGGCGGCCUGGGGCCCGCACAGGGGCAAGGGCGGGAAGAUCGGCAAGACGGACGAGGAGCUGCUGAAGGCGCUGGUGGAGGAGCAUCGUUCCAAACAGAGCCUGGAGGUCUUGGGUAUCGGGGAGGAGGACUUGAACUCCGCUCCUGAAAGUAAAGACUGCGGGAAUUCGGGUGACAGCACAACGUCUGCGGAGGCUGAUGCUGUAAAUGGGAGCUCCUGCCCUGCUGAGGACAAGAAGGAUCCGGAGAGGAGUGACCUAGAAGCUUUUCCACUGAACUCUGAUGUCAACCUGGAAACGCUUGACAAAGACAAAGAGCUCAGUUUGUGUGGGAAUCAGGAUGGGCAAACGGGGGAGAAGGGUUGGGAAGAGAAGGACCCUUUGUGUGUGGAGUGCAGGACGAGCAGGCGGGACCCGUCUCCCAAGGAGCUGGUGAUGUUCCUGCACGCCCUGCGCUACAAGGGCGCCGACUUUGAGUACUGCUCCAGCAUGCCCGAGUGGGCCACGGAGCACUGGCAGGAGUGACCAGGACACCCAGCACCUGCAGACACUGGGACAGGGACAGCAGCGUGCAGAGACCAAGGGUUGACCUGGCAUUUUGGUUGAGGUGAACAAAGUGUGCCUUGAGCUGGGCUGGGAGGGAUCAGUGGGGCUGGAGCAUCAUCCCACGUCUCACCGGUGCUGUGAAAGAUGAGCAGGGAAAUGAGGCUAAAACAGGAGUUUUGUGUUGCCCUUCAAUGAACUGGCAUUGAGGGCAACAAGGAACAAACUCUGCUCAGCACAGGCAGCUUUGCCUUCACCUCACUGGAUUCUGGAUCAAUUAUCCACAUGGAUAAUGAAGUGUAUGCACUAAAAGUCAAAAACUGAUCUUUCUUCCAGCCUGCUGUGUUCCUGUGUCUUACAGUAAGAGCUGCUGGAUGUUGUGUCAUAAAAAACCCUGUUUUUAUUGUAUUUUGUUGUCAGAUUGAUUUCAAAACAACAAGAUUGCUCCUGGGAACACUGUGAGGUAAAACCAGAACACUGUGAUCGGUUUUGUGCCUGCUGUUUGUCAGCAAGAUCCACUUGCCUUUGAAAUUACCAACAUUCCUUCACAUAAUUUCUUAAGUUAGUAGAUCUGGGUGCAGAUAUUGGGCCUGGUUUUGGAGGUACUGUUCCCCAGAUCUUGUCUUGAAGAGAUUUUUUUAAUGUCACUUCAGUGUGACAGCCAGCUUUCAAGAAAAACAAAAGCAGUUUUUUGAAGCAGAAGACUUCUUUUAAAAUAAUUUUAUAAGAAUGAUUAAUAUCACCAUAGUUCUUACUUUCAUUAGUGUUUACACAGUUGAUUCCUGGCUUCUGGGAGGGUUUUUGUAUUAAUUUUGGAGGUCUCAGGGUGGCCAGCCCACAGGAAUUAGUACCUUCCUCCUAAAAUCACUUGAUGAUGUCACCAGGGUCAGGACACAGCUACCAAAUCACAAUAAACCAUUGCUUGCUUCCAGUAGCCCACAGGAGCCAAGUGAUGUCUUUCUCUGCUGGAUCAUCCAGCUGAUGUUGAAUAUUUCCAUAAAAAUUCACUCAGGUUUGAGUUUUGCUCUUCCAUAUCCUGCCAUUGGUUUCGUGAUUCUAAUUUAAUUCCAGAUAUUUAGAGAGGUGAUGCUAAAAAUCAGCGUUAGCCGAAUUUUUGAUGCAUUGGAAUACACCUUUCAUGGAAAUAAAUGGAACUUGGGCACCUUCAGUGUAUGAAAAAGGGUGGCUGGAGCUGUUACUGGAUUUGGAUGCAGGGGAAUGGGGGUAGAUUUAGGGAUGACAGUUAAAUUAAGCUUUCAGGUGUCCCAAGUUAUGCUGGGAGGUUUUUGGUAAGAAAUUUCUGUAACAAAAAAAAGUCUGUCAGGGAUUUUCCUGACUGACCUUGGGGCCAAAGGGCCUGAUGAGGAGCUGGAGCUCAGCACUGCUUUUUCCUCUUUUCCUGGAAUAAAUGGCUGCAGUUGGCAACUUUAAUUUCCUGGUCAAGAAACUCCUGGGCUUCUGUUUCCAAGAUUCUUUGAACAAGGAAGAUUUGGGAUUUAUUUCACAAGGC